CUAAAUCCCAAUUCAAGCACUAGUAACUACUGCAAAGCGUAUCGGGCAGCAAAAUGGGUCGCAACGAUGGCGAGACCAGGGACUAUGGUGGCGCCGAUGUGCCGCUGAUUGCCUCUGCUGGAGGCUUCUUUGAGCUGAGGAACCGGCCCCGGCGCGACGUCUCAUGGCUCCUGGCCUACUUGCUCUUCCUGGGCGUGUCCAUUGGCGGUGGCAUUUUUGCCUUCUACCACAGGAACACGCGCUACGGCGAGUUUGUCUCCCCCGAUGUCUGGACCGACCCAAAGCUCUGCCCGGUCGGCUCCAACCACGCCACCCGGCGCCUGCUUCAGUCCCCUGACGACCCCGACGCACCUCCGUCCUUCGACCUGGGCCUGUUUGUGAAAACCGCCGGAGCCUGGAUUGGCGCAUCCGUGGGAGGCGCGGUGCUGGUGGGCCUGCUGUUCGUGUGGCUGGUGCGCGUGAGCCCCGCGGGCCUGGUGGGCGCGCCACGCCCAAGCGCACGCACGCACGCACAUACACACGCACACACACAUGCACAUGCGCGCGCACACACACGCACACACGCGCGCGCACAAACACACACACACACACACGUGGCGGUGCCGGCGGCCAUGGGCGCCGUCAGCCUGGCCCAGGGUGCAACGGUGCCGGGCAUUAUCCUGCUGGCCUUCGCCGGCCUCACCAUCAUCCUGUUCCUGCUGUGGAGGCCGCAGGUGGAGCUGGUGACGCGGCUGCUGGGUCUGGCCGGCCGCGGCCUGUCUGCCAACCCCGGCCUGGUGCCGCUGGCGCUGGGGCUGCAGGUCUUCCUGCUGGGGCUGCUGGAGCUGCCGCUGCUGCUGGCAUGCGCGGCCGCGUACAUGAACGGCUCAGUGGCCUACAACACGCAGCGGGCGGACGGCGGCGCCGCCACGUCCGCAGACCAGUGCGUGGACGCUGACGGCAACCAGGUCCUGUGCUGCACCUGGCAGGUUGAGCCCUGGGUUCCCGGCUACCUGGGCCUGGUGGGCGUGGCCAUGACGUGGUCCAUGUUCCUGGCCUUCCAGGUAAAGCUGUUCACAGUGGCCGGCGCCACAGCCAUGUGGUACUUCGAGCCGCGCCAGCAGCAGGAGGCGCGCGCCGCCGGCAGCCGCACGCUCAAGUGCCUGGGCUUCGCGGCGGGCAGCUCGCUGGGCUCGCUGUGCUGCGGCUCGGCGGUGCUGACGCUGGUGUCCAUGAUACGCCAGGCGAUGCAGAAGGCUCGUCAGGAGCGCGACCGCAACCUGCUGGUGGCCUGCGCCGCCGCCUGCCUGUCGCUGCUGCUGAGCCUGUUGGAGUACGUGACGCGCUUCGCCACGGUGCGGGCGGCCAUCACCGGCGAGGCCUUCUUCGCGGCGGGGCGCAAUGUGGUGGCGCUGCUCAGCCGCAACGCCAUGGACGCGUUCGGAGUGUGGUGGUUGCCGCCCAUGAUCCUGCAGUCAUGCAGCUUCAUCCUGUCGUUCUGCUGGGCCGUGGCGGUUGCCUUCAUCUCCUACGCCACCACCUGGCGCCACCAGCACCCCGAGCCCGGCACCCCCGCGGCCGCCGCCGGCAACCAGGCCGCUACCUCGGCGGUGCUGACGGCCGUGGUGGCGUUCUUCGCGUCCUGGGCGGUGCUGGGCUUCCUGGCGUCGCUGCUACUCAACGUCAUUGACGCGCUGUUCGUGUGCUUCGCAAUGGACCGCGACGCAGGCCAGGUGUCAUCGGUGGAGGUGCACGCGGUGCUGACCAAGCUGCCCACGGUGGGCGCGGUGGUGCAGCAGCCCGACGGCGGCAUCGCCUAUGGCGCCACUGCGCCGCCCCAGGAGCAGCACUACCCGCCGCGCGGCUACGACACCCGCGUGUAGCGGGCUGUGGUGCGGUGUGGCAGUGUGUGCUCGGUCUGGCACGUCCUUUUGCUGUUCUCUGCGGGUUGUUGAGUGAGGAAAUGCCAGCGGGUACGUUGUGUCACACUGUGUGUUGUUCGCCGAUGAGGGAAGGGGAGGAGGUUCAAUAGCGGUAUCGCAGGCUCGCCGCGGAGAAACGUUUUAUGCCUCUAUGUACCGGUAGCGUUGCUUGCAUAUCCAUUCAAAUACCAAUUGGUUGCGACGGUUGGUGUGGACAAGUAGCAUUGCGUUGCCAGUGACUUGUUGUCAGUGCAGCGGUUGUUUGCGAACAUUGCGGUGGGGUGGAGCGUGUCCGGAAGCGCGUAGAGAUGGGGCCAAGUCCAAUUCAUACAGACCGCCCCCGCCACUGUUUCACAUUGAAGUACUUGAAUCAAGGAAGGAACUAAUGUAGCGGCAGGGCUACAUACCCUUCGGGGGAUUACGACUUCUGAAGGCGAAGCAUCACCCACAUACGGGAAGCAGCCAUCCAUGGCAGUGAUGGUAAUCGUGUAAUGCAAGCUGCAUCUGUCUGCAAGCUUGGCCAAGGAAAACGCAGCGUCGAGCUUUGAGCUUGUCAAUGCUCUAUGCAACC